GCAACCUGGGAAAAAGAGUUUCGUCGUUCUGCUUUCCGUCGGAAAUUUUGGGUGUGACGAAGUCAAAUGACUAUUAGAAAUGAACUAAUUGCCGUUAAGCAAUGUUAAAACCGUUCCGACAUGUAUGGAGCAGCGUUGUGGGAUCCUGGUCAAGCAGUGGUGGGGAAAAAGGGAGCGACACCCUUGUAUCGAAAUUCGACUACAGUCGGCCCGAUUUUCUAGGACUGACGGCUGAUGAGACACAGGUCGCGGGCGACCGGACAUCUCGACCGAUUAUUGUACCUAGGGAUAUCAGUAGGCUUCCGUGGAAUUCUGGAUACGCGGAGGUCAUUAAUGGUGGCAAGUCUGUGAGAAAUGAGGACCAGUCGUCAUGUGAAGUUUUCCAGCUUGUUGAUGAGGAGGAUCUUCCAUCACCAGAUGGCGUACCAGGGUCGUGUUACACUUACAGCAAGGAACAAGACAGUAUCGAAAAGCGACUGUUUUCUACUACAAUUGACCCAGAAGAUCGAAAAGUUGUGUACUUUGCCAUCUUUGAUGGACAUGCAGGCUCAGGUGCUGCUCUCUAUGCUUCCAAGUUACUUCACUUUCACAUACAGGAGAAGAUGAGCCAAGUUCAGGAGUUGCUGUACAAGUCGACACAGGAAGGGCCGGUGAGAACGAGCGAGAUCGCUAAAGCGAUGGAGGACAGCGGACUGUUCUGCGAUGUGAAGCCGGUGUCCGUUGAUGAGCUCGUCAUCGGAGCGCUGGAGACGGCAUUCCACGAGAUGGAUGUUCAGAUUGGCAAGGAGAGACACAUGUACAAGAUAACUGGUGGUUGUGCAGUCAUUGCGGCGAUCGUUUUCCUUGGGAAACUUUAUGUGGCGAAUGCAGGAGACUGUCGGGCCAUAAUCUCACGAGGUGCUCACGUCAUCCCCAUGUCAAACGACUUCACACCGGAAUCUGAGCGACAGCGGCUGCAGUAUUUGGCCUGGUUGAGACCACAUCUGCUGGGUAAUGAUUUCACACAUUUGGAAUUUCAACACCGCAUCAUGAAGAGUGAUGUUGGCAAGGCAGUACUGUAUAGAGGCCAUGACAUGAAGGGCUGGACAUACAAGAAGGUGACAGAAGAGGACACAAAAAUUCCUUUAAUAUCAGACAAAGGCAAACGGGCAAAGGUGCUGGGAACCAUUGGCCUUACACGAGGAUUCGGUGACUUUGACCUGAAAGUCUCUGAUCGCAACCUUUACGUGAAACCCUUCCUGACUCCAACACCUGAGGUGCAGGUUUAUGACUUGGCAGCAUUCGACCACUCACCCGAUGAUGUUCUCAUCAUCGCAUCAGAUGGAUUGUGGGAUAUUACAACCAACGAGCUAGCUGCAGAAAUCGUUGCUAGUUCAUUGUCACGUUUCGCUGAGACGGACAAUGAUAGGUACACUUCAGCAGCUCAGGAGCUAGUGAUGCAUGCACGUGGCUCACAGUUCCACCCACACCUUGGAUGGCGCACACACGAUGACAAGCCAUCCUCUAAUGAUGACAUAUCUGUCUUCGUCAUGCCUUUAUGCUACUACCAACUCAUAGCAAAGACAACAGUGCCCACCUCAUCUUCUGUGCUAUCCAGGUCAAGUGUGGGAGUUCCUAAAGAUUGGAUGUCACCUGUGUUGGCGGCAGUGGAGCAGGAUGCGGAAGGAAUGCACUCCUGCAUGUACACGUCUGGGGACUCGGGCCUAGCUGAUCUAUCCUACAACCUACAGGAGCUGGGCGUGGGUCACCAGGGAUAUGAUGACCUUUACCUUGGUAAUAGUGAUGGUUGUCUUCAGGCCACCAAAAGCACAGAUGGUCAGCGCAUUAGCGCCGAGCUGCCAAGAAACUUCCAAAAUUCGAGCGAAACCGAGGGUGAUGGGAUGCAGAAUAUCGAAUGCAGAGCCACAUCACACGUCACCUCAGAAUCGCCUGACCAGAAGUUAUCACCGUCUCGAGAUGACUUCGUUGAUGUACCUGUGGAUGUGGCGGGAGAACAGCCGAAUCGCCAAGGUGAUGCAACAGCAGACGUGGAGGCCUCAGCAGCAGAAGAGCUUCCAGUAAACUCAAAGAUAUCCCAAUCUCCAGACAUGGCUGAGAUUAAUGUUGCCGAGAUUACAGAACAAGUUUUAGUCUAGACCAGAGAACUUUAUAAACCAGCAAAGCACAGCCAACAGAGAAAACUGGUGAUUAAAUAUUGUCAACCAUAUGUCUAACAAGAUAAAUACUGGAAAAUCUAGCCUUAUGAUUUAUAGUAUGUUUCAUUGUGCUUCUCUAUCAAGAAACUGCUGCCAACUGUGUAUGCAACGCAAUGCCAUUUCUAUGUAGCUGCAGCAAAGCCUGUUCUCUUAUUAACAGGAUAUGCCAUAAGCUAAACAGUAAAUUUCUUGAUAUAUGUAUUGUUGAUGAUGUAUAAGAAACAGAGAAUUCAUUCAAAUAAUAGAACAGUAAUUUAUACCCGGUUCAGCUGUUGGUUUUUUAAAACCCAGUUUGUGCAAUAGUAAUUAUCUUGGCAUAGAUUCAUACUAAGAAAGAAAAGAAAAUAUCACAAGAGUCAAUGUUUAUGUGAAAACGUAAAAGGAUGAUCUACAAAUUAUGGUAAAUUACGGAUUAUCGUAAUGAUCGUUUGCUUGCAAAGAGAAUAUAGAACUUAGCACUAUCAUCUGUACUAUAUUAUCAUGAGCGCAUCUAUUAAUAUAUAUUAUGUUGUAUAUAUGCAUAUUUAUAUAUGUGUAUAGAUACGUUCAUGAUAUUAUCAAGAGUGUAUAAAAACAAAAACGUUUUUUCCUUCUUGAUAUCAUUAUUAGUGGGACAAAAAAUUACUGGCCACGUGUCACUUUAAUAGCAUCAAAAUCAAAUGUUUUAUUACUUUUAUUGUUCGAGCAAUGAGAAUUAUUUUUAGUUUAAAUUGACCCCUGGAGCCUGCUGCGUGUAUAGUAUAUUUCUAUACACUGCCAAGCUUGGUACUACUUGAUAUGGAACGAAAAAUAUACCACCUGUAUAUAAUCAUGCCUGGUAAUAAUGUUGGCAGGGAAAACGUUCUGACAAUAACGUUCCAAUUACCUUAUUAUUUCUCGAAACUAAUUGUUUAGUUAAUAUUUGUUAAGGUUGUGAGAAAUGUAUCAAUGUAAGCUCCGUGACAACAUGCAUAAGAAAAGGUCUACAUAAUUUCUGACACUUAUUUUCAUGUGUUGGCUUUUGGUGCUAUGAAGCCUUAUAUUGCCAUAAAUCUAUUAUAUUAUGAACGUCCCCCAACCAACACAACUAUUUAUUGUAAGUGCCAUAUUUAGGAGGUUAGUUAUAAUAAAAAAGAAACAAUUUACCUCUGUAAAAGUUUUGUAAUCAGUAAAGAUAUAGUAAUAUAAGUAUUAUUCUGCACAAUUAUUCUGCUAUUAUUAGUGUGAUGUUAUGACUUCCAUUGCUGCACAAGGGGAAAGGUGCUGUACUGAAAGGUACCUUCUUUAAUGAAGCUACUUCUUUCAUAGUGACCACGCACCGCCUCGUCUCUCCGUUUUAAAUACUAUAUAGGCCGUUUGGUUUUGACACGUCAUGCCACUUUCUUUGACUUCUUUCCCCCUGUGUGCUCUAUCUCCUCAUGUGAAAUGUUUUUUUUUACCGAAUUUCAGAUUGUUAAAUAUAGUGGAAGACGGAAGAAUAUUGUUAAUAAAUAAGAAUAAAAGUCGUCGCAAAAUUAUCAUU